AUGGCCUCCUCUUCUCUCCUCAGAUCCGCCGCCGCCUCGGUUGCUGCUCCUCGCUCUGACCUUUUCUCGUGUGAUCAUUCUAAGGUUUCUGCAAGUGUUGGGUUUAGUCGCAGCCUCACAUCAUCAAGACUUUCUGGUGCUGCUGGGUCAGCUUUGUCUCUACAAAAAUGCAACGUAAGAAGUGUGCAACCCAUCAAGGCUACGGCUACACAAGUUCCACCUGCAGUUCAAAGGUCAAGUAGCACUGGGAAGACUAAGGUUGGAAUCAACGGUUUUGGUCGGAUUGGAAGGUUGGUACUGCGCAUUGCAACAUCCAGGGAUGAUAUUGACGUUGUGGCAGUUAAUGACCCUUUCAUUGAUGCCAAGUACAUGGCUUACAUGUUGAAGUACGAUUCUACUCAUGGAAAUUUCAAGGGAACAAUCAAUGUCAUUGAUGAGUCUACAUUGGAGAUCAAUGGGAAAAAGGUCAAUGUUGUCAGCAAGAGAGAUCCAGCUGAGAUUCCUUGGGCUGAUCUUGGAGCUGAUUAUGUUGUUGAGUCUUCAGGGGUAUUCACCACCCUGUCAAAGGCUGCAUCCCAUUUGAAGGGUGGUGCGAAGAAAGUGGUGCAUGAGGAAUUUGGUAUUGUUGAAGGCUUGAUGACAACUGUCCACGCCACCACUGCUACUCAGAAAACUGUUGAUGGACCAUCAAUGAAGGACUGGAGAGGAGGCCGAGGAGCUAGUCAAAACAUCAUUCCUAGCUCAACCGGUGCUGCAAAGGCCGUGGGUAAAGUUCUGCCAGAACUUAACGGGAAGCUUACAGGAAUGGCAUUCCGUGUACCAACACCAAACGUUUCCGUUGUGGAUUUAACUUGUCGACUUGAGAAAGGUGCCUCUUACGAAGAUGUGAAAGCAGCCAUUAAGUAUGCCUCAGAAGGACCUCUAAAAGGCAUUCUCGGGUACACAGAUGAAGAUGUUGUCUCCAAUGACUUCGUGGGUGAUUCAAGGUCAAGUAUCUUUGACGCCAAUGCUGGGAUUGGACUGAGCAAGUCCUUUGUGAAACUUGUCUCUUGGUACGACAAUGAGUGGGGUUACAGCAACCGAGUGCUUGACCUUAUAGAGCACAUGGCUUUGGUAGCAGCCAGCCACUAA